AUGUACAAAUGCUCGAAGUGUUCUCGCAAAUUCGAGAAUUUCUUGGAGAUGGAAAUGCAUAAGAAGACGCACGCGAUGUUAACGUGUCCGGUUUGUGCUUUCAAUCAAUUUUGAAACAAUUUUUGUGAAAUAUAUAUAUUUUAGGUGUGUCCGAGUGAGUACAGUCAUCGUAGCAGUCUGCUUAAACACAAGAAUAAAAAGCAUCCGGAGCUGAAGGCACAGAAAAAUGAGUUUAUUUGUGAUGUAAGUUCAAAACGUUUUGAAACUCCAGUUCAAGUCUUUCUUUCUCCAGUUAUGCUACAAAGACGUCGGUUCCAAAGAUGGGCUCAUCUCUCACAAACGCGCGCACAUUGCCGAGGAUGUAUGCAAAGAUUGUGGCCGAUUUUUCACCGACAAACGUGAACUCAAUGUGAGCCGAAUAGGAGAAAAGUCGAAAUGUUAUAUGGUUUCAGGAACAUCUCGCCCGUCCGCAUGCCAACAAAUCCGGAGAGUACACGAUUCAAUUCAAGGCCCUUGUCGAAAGUUUCAAAAGCGGAUAA